UUUUCGGAGUUUUUUGUUGAUGAAGAGCAAAACAUGAGGGCCAUAGAAGCAGAGAAAGGCAUACUGAAAUUGGUUCAUACGGGACGGCAUGUAGAGACUCGCACCGAACCUAUUAUCGCUUCAGAGGUGUUGAAGAGGAACCCCAGACACAGUGUUACUCGACCGGAUGUGUUCGAGUAUCCGUGGAUUGUGAAAGGAUACAACGUCCAAUCCUCCUUGGAGCAAAAGAAACCACCCAAAAGUUACGUUCACUGGCAACUGCCCGAAUUGGACUCGCCGAGCAAGUCGUCUGCUGGUACAACACCAAUGCACCAAGACCAUUGCCAAUCAGACUGGCAACAGUUUAAAGCUAGUUGCGAAGACGGAAAUCUCCAGGAACAAGCUUCCGGUGACAGAUUCAAUCGGUCUUCACAGUUUGAAUCCCUUGCUGAUAUGAUGGCCAAGUUCCGGAACAGUUACAAAGAGUUUAAAGAGAUAUCAAUAACAAAUUGUACAUCUGAAACUGAACCUAUGGGUAGAAAACCGAACCGUUUCCGUGGGGUUGGCAAUAGUAAAACCAAAGCCUCGAAACAAGAUCAAGCUUCUGGUAAUGAAUGUGAGAAACAAAUUGCUACUAUUUUGAAACCUUGCUCAAGGAAACAUGACAGUGACCGAAAGUUGCUUCAUCUGAAAGUUUCCUUUUCCUUGUCUACUAAUUAUGAGGAAAGGAGAAGAAAAGUUGCAUUGUCUAGAGCAGAAUUUCCAGGUCUUUUUACUUAUUGAACUAUGUAGAUCAAUAGAGUUCUCCAAGAAUAAUAAAAAUAAAACCCCAAAAAUCUUCUAAAAUUUUGUUCAAUGUAGCUUGCUUUGCCCUUGAUUAUGAUACUUUGUGUGUUUAUUCAAUAUAUUCUUAGGAACUUGAGGACUCAUUGCACAAAAAUAACAAAGCUGCUGAAAACUAAUGUGAUGUAACUCA